AUGGAGAGGGAGGAACAAUUAGUCUUGACUUUCCACAAUCCUAAGGUUCCCAAACUUAAGGGGAACCGGGAAUACCAAAGGCCUACCCUCCCCACCAACAAAGAUCCGAGUGCCUCGAUGCUACCCCAGAGGCGGCAGGAGCAAGUGGAUCAGACACACAUCUACAUCCGAAUGUUCUGUGGCAGCCUAUGUGGUUUUAGCCUCCUACUGCUGAUCUGCGUGUCCACACUGAACUGGGUGCAGUUCCUGGUGAUCAAGAAUGGUCUUGAGCUCUAUGCAGGACUCUGGAUCUCAUGCAACCAUGAGCUGUGCUGGAGCCACACACCCAAGCCACCCUAUUACCUCCAAUAUUCCAGGGCCUUCUUCCUCGUCUCUGUUCUCACUAUACUCAUUGGCCUUAGCUUGCUCUUCAGCUUUUGCCUCCAUAGAAAAGGAAACAUGAAUACCAACUUGGAUCUGAAGGUAUCCAUGCUCAGCUUCAUCUCAGCUAUCUGCUUGCUCCUCUGCCUCAUCCUAUUUCUGGCACAGGUUACCUGGCAUGCCAGGGAUGCCAUGGAGUCAAAUCUCCUAUGGGCCUAUUAUGUUAACUGGUGGAGUGUCUUCUUAAACAUGUUUUCUGGGAUCAUCUCCUUCCUCAACUACCUAACUUUCAGAGCUCCUUCCCUUGAUCAAAAUGUCACUAUGAGUCCUGUAGAGAAGUCAAGGUUGGGGAUCGGUCCAGUGACUACUGUACCACCAACUGAGGAUGAAGGGUCAAGGCCUGAAGUGACAUUUUUAAGUGAUAGAGAGGAAAAACUACCAAAUGCAGACCUACCAAAUGCAGAAGUACCAAGUGUAGAAGUACCAAUUGCAGAACUACCCAAUACAGAAAUGUGAUGGUGAUAGGAAAACUCAACUAUUUGUCUUAAAAAUGGGGGAGAAGCUUACUGAGUUGGGAAUGAUUGUGCAGAUUCUAAGAAAACUCUCGUAAUAUCAUGUCCACAUUACUGAAGGAGACAGUAUUAAAGCUGAUGA